AUGUCGUUUGCUAACGUCGCAAAACGUUCCGUCCGUAUCAUCGCCCUCCCGCUCGCGACGCCCGCCCCGCGCAUGACGCCGACACAUGCGCACUCGGAGCACCUCACCUACUACCACUUCGCCACUCCUCCUCCAUCUGCGCAGCAGCAAGAUAGCUGGGAAAAUUGGGUGACUUUAAAAGCUUCGAGCUUGUGGGCUGAUCUUGGCAAGGCGCCCGAGGGCAAUUGGAAGAGGAGAGUAUUCUUGUAUGGAGAACGUCUGGUUGACCGCCUUGACUUCGAAGAGCUUGCUCUCAAGUCCUUCGAUACCUCCCUUGGACCCAAGCUAAUUCCUAACCGCUACACGGAGAAGGUUAGACCGAAAGACCACCCCACGAUCCCUUUGAUUUACCCUCCAUCGGCAUGUGCAUCUCCCCUCCCGCAUCUGCGGUCACUCCUUGCGAAACGCACCCCUCGCCAUCGGAAGGGCUGUAUAAUGUGGAUCGCAAUUGCCCCACUCACCGCGCCAUUCAUGCUUAUCCCCAUAGUCCCGAACUUCCCAUUCUUCUUCUGUGCAUGGCGCGCAUGGUCGCACUACCAAGCGUUCAAGGCGUCUCAAUAUUUAGAAGCAUUCGUUGCCCAAGGCGCAAUCUUGCCGCAGGAAAGUUCUGAGCUCGAUGAUAUUUAUACCCAACAUGCACCUGUCCCACCUGACCCUGAGGCGUCAGCUACAUCACACUCGGAUUCUUCUGAGGAACCCCCAUCAUCGCCUUCCCCAUCUACCGCUGGUUCAGCGCACGUCACUCCGGAUACGCCGUCAGGCCCUUCGUCUACUCCUAUAGAAUCAGUAGAUUCGAAAAGCUCAUCCAAUACAGCAGGCCCAGCAUGUGCACCAAACAACGGGCACAAUGUGCCCCCACGUCCGCACCUCCUGCUCACGCGCGCGGCGGUUCCCGCUCUUGAGCGUCUGCUGGAACUCACGCCCAACUCAAGCUUCGCAGCGGACGUGUACCGCGCGCUCGAGCAGGCGCGGCUGAGGCUCGAUAAGGAGGGGAGGUAA